UAUCAAUCAUGUUAUGUAAAUAAAGCUAUUUGUAGUUCUCCAAAAAAAAGAAGCUAUCUGUAGUCUGUAGAUAUACAUAUAUAUAUUCUUCUGUGAAGUAAUAUGAUUGCUGUCUGACACUGAUCUUUAAAAAAAUCUGCUCUUGGAUUUCGGAUUCUGCUGCAAACGAAGAAAGCCAAAGUGUUCAUCUGUUCAGUGUAAGAAACUCUAGAAAUUUUCUCAGGAAACUAUGGUUUUCUUUGAAGCUGAGAAUAGUAAAAUGAGUCCGAAUUAAAAGUUCACAAUCUCAUUCUAUAUUCUCUCUUGACUCCGUAAAAGAUGAUGCAAAUGGACGGUGGUGAUAGGCUGAGAGUGACGUUACUAGAUUGUAUGGAGACUGGCCGGAGCUCGUUACCGGGGUUGACUCUCGAAGCUAUUCUAAUGGCCGACAGAAACGGAACCUCGCCGCAGCCUCUGCCGUCUAGGAACCAAUCAAAUCGGACACUUCUUGAUGUAAUGCAGAGAGAGCACCGACACGACUACAGCAGCCACCGAGACAAGACCGCUUGGAAGUCUCUACGCGAAAAGCUCCGCCUCAAACGCAAUAGUGAUAGUCACCAGCUCGGUUCUCUACUCUCCAACUCCAGAAACGAAGGAGGACAAUCGCAACCGGAGUCUGCUUCCAGCGGCGGAGUAACGGCGGAGGGGAGGUUACAGUUAGGAGUGGUGUUGGCGGAGGAGAGAGCGUUAUCAGCGAGGGAAGAGGAAACGCCGCCGGUGACGACAGACAUGCAGCCGGCGAGGAUGUCGUUGAUGGAGUUGUUGGAUGAGAACGAAGGGCAAAUGAGCUUGGUAGAAGUAGGAGGAGACGGGGAGGAAGAGGAGAGAGGAGUGGUGGAGGAGACUGCGGCGGCGGCGGAGAUAAGUUGUUGUGUUUGUAUGGUAAGAAGCAAAGGAGCAGCGUUUAUACCGUGUGGUCAUACGUUCUGCAGGUUGUGUUCGAGAGAGCUUUGGGUUCAAAGAGGAAACUGUCCUCUAUGCAACACCUCCAUUUCAGAAAUCCUUGAUCUCUUUUAGUCAUUUUCUUUUCACUUUUAAUUAUCAUAUUUAGGUUGUUUUAUGUCUUGUUGUAAUGUGUUGUUGAAAACUGAAGAGAAACUCUUUGUCGAAUUCUCUCUCUCUCAGAUUCUUGGAAGUGUUAACCGUUUUUCUGUUA